AUGGAGCGCUUCAGGUUCCUGAUUCUGAUCCUCUGGGUGUGUGGUUGUGCAGCAGGACAGGCACGGCACAGCCCACAGAAAAACCAAAGAGAAGAAGUCGUUCUGACCUCCUGUGACUUUAACCAGGACAGCAGUCCAUUCUGCGAGUUCCUUCAGGACAAAUUAGACAACAGYGACUGGACCCGACACAAGGGUCCAACUCCAACACCAGGCACUGGCCCCGAUGGAGACUACCCCGACGGAAAUGGCUACUACAUUUACCAUGAGUGUGACAAUGUGUCCAAUGGACAAAAAGCUCGCCUACUGAGUCCUGMCAUCUCCACACUGGCGUCUAAGAUCUGUGUCAGGUUUAGGUAUUACAUGUAUGGUUCUGAUGCUGCAAACGURCUGAGGGUCCUGUCAAAAACAUCCAGUGCUGAAGAAGAGAUCUGGAAAAAAACUGGUAUUCAGAGUCCAUCUUGGCUUGAAGGCUCCAUCACUGUGUCCAAACCCAGCAGCCAGAGCAUCAAUAUUGUGUUUGAAGCUCAAAGAGGCUUCAGYCCAUCAUGUGACUCAGCUUUGGACAACAUUAUCAUUACUGAGGGAGAAUGUCCUGCCUGUGAAUCUGGUUGUGAUUUUGAUGAUUCUGAUACCGAGAACUUGUGUGGGUGGACAACUUCUACGGCCAAUCCUGAAUUAUUUGGUUUUGCUAAGUGGACUGGGUCAACAGAAACUGAUGGAACUGGACCUGAUGAUGACUUCUCCAAACCUGGAUUGGGGUCGUAUAUGCUCAUGGAUUCAUUGGAAAGAAUGCCUGGAGAAAGGUCUCAAAUCAGAAGUCCUGUAAUACCAUCGUCUUCUGGAUGUUUGGAGCUUAGCUUCCACUAUUACCUGUAUGGYACCAGCACCACCAUGGAGCUCAGUGUCCACACCAUCUCCUCAGGUGGAAGCCUUGGGUCUGCUCUCUUCACUGUUAAGGGGAACCAGGGUCAAGGCUGGAAGCCUGCAAAAGUUCGAUUUAUGGGAACUGCUGCUCAAUUUGCAAUUGUGGGAACCUAUGGAGAAACUGAAAAGACUGAUAUUGCUGUUGAUGCAGUGUGUGUUGUGACCUGCACAGGUCAGCCAACAACUCCUAAACCAACAACUCCUGGGCCAACUACUCCGAAACCAACAACUCCUGGACCAACAACUCCUAAACCAACAACUCAUGGACCAACUACACCCAAACCAACAACUCCUGGACCAACAACUCCUAAACCAACAACUCCUGGGCCAACUACACCCAAACCAACAACUCCUGGACCAACAACUCCUAAACCAACAACUCCCAAACCAACAACUCCUGGGCCAACAACUCCUAAACCAACAACUCCUGGACCAACAACUCCUAAACCAACAACUCCUGGGCCAACUACACCUAAACCAACAACUCCUGGGCCGACUACACCCAAACCAACAACUCCGGGCCCAACUACACCCAAACCAACAACUCCGGGACCAACUACACCCAAACCAACAACUCCUGGGCCAACCACACCCAAACCAACAACUCCGGGACCAACUACACCCAAACCAACAACUCUGGGACCAACUACACCCAAACCAACAACUCCUGGGCCGACUACACCCAAACCAACAACUCCUGGGCCAACUACACCCAAACCAACUACACCAGGACCAACUACACCCAAACCAACAACUCCUGGGCCAACUACACCCAAACCAACUACACCGAGACCAACUACACCCAAACCAACAACUCCUAAACCAACAACUCCUAAACCAACAACACCUAGGCCAACGACAACCACUCCGAGUAUGAAGCGCCAUGUUUUUACCAGUCCCAUUCAUUGA